GUGACGGGCGGCCGCCGGGGGAUGACGUGGGUAGGGGCGCGGAGGGCACUACGCCACGCUGACUGUGCUUGGGGUAGAAGUGGUGACGAUCCAGUGGUGUGAAGUCGUGAUCAUGUAGACAGUUCAGUGGGGAGAGGUCCGGAAACAAUUGACUUGGUGAUAGUGAGGUGUGUGAAGCGUUGGCGCUUGACGCGGAAAUAACUGAGCCCGUCAAGAGCAAGUCUUCACAGACUGGUGUGACACACACCCCAGGUGACAAUUGCAACAGGUGAAAGGAACCGCGGCGACGCUCUUCCGCCGGCGGCGACGGUGACUUGGGUGACGCCGCCGGCUGCUGACCGCACGGGUCAACAGGGGCCGCGGGAGGUCACCGAGGUCACCCGAGGUCACUUGCGGUCGACGCUGGGUGUCAGAUCGGAGAGACGACGGGAACUAGGUGGUGAUUCCAAGUCAUCGUGGAUUCCGGGAGACAUCGAAGAUGAUCAGAAGUAGGCCUUCCAGCGUACCCCGCCUGGGACCGCUUCCCGUCAUCGAGGAGUACACCCUGGACGAACGAGAGCUGGCGGCACUGGAACAGCUCUACGACUUCCCCGGCCGGGCCAGCCUGGCUGCCUCGUCUGUCUCCUCUUCCGCUGCCUCAGCUGUCUCCGCCGCCUCAGCUGUCUCCGCUGUCUCAGCUGCCUCAGCUACCUCCUCGAUGGGAACGCCAACUGUCCGAGCCACCAGCAUCAUUGAAACGCUGAGCGAAAUGGCAAGAACGGAGCAAAGCGGUCCGCUUGGGCAGCUGGUUCGGGAGACGGUGAGAGAGAGGGUUAGAAGUCCGCCCGGUGAGAGGAUGAGAAGCCCGAAUGGUGAGAGGGUUAGAAGUCCGAAUGGUGAGAGGGUUAGAAGUCCCAAUGGUGAGAGGUUUCGAAGUCCAAAUGGUGAAAGGGUUAGAAGUCCACCCCACGAGAGAAUGAGAAGCCCUCAGGCUCGAAGUCCGAUUGGCGAAAGGGUUCAAAGUCCGAAUAGCGAGAGAGUUCGAAGCCCAAAUCGUGUUCGAGUUCAAAGCCCAAAUAGCGGCAGAGUUCGAACUCCGAAUGGCGAUCUCAUCCCAAGUCCGCACGCCGAGAGAUCUCACCUCGCGGCCGGCGAGCUGGUGAGAGAGAUGGUGGACGAGGUGAGCGGCGCUGCUCACCCUGUGAGACAGUCAGCAGGUGAGAGGGCCCGUCCCGCGCCCGGUGAGGUGAACGGCAUCUCACCGGAGCUGAACGGUCCCUUGUCCGGAUCGGGGUCCGGGGAGCGAGUUCGGCCGCCCUCAGCUGUCGACCAGAGGCGGAGACCCAGUGACGAGGGGGUGAUCGAUCAGAACGGUCUGUCCCACACCGGUAAUGGCGGUCAGAUAUUCAGUGAAAAGCUCCGAGACGCGCCCACACAGCGUAGGCUGACUGGCGGAAUGCGCAGCGGGUGCACUACACCAAUCGACACGGAGUCGGUGAUCUGUCAGCGGGCCGCGGGGGAGGGGGAAACCACUGGACACGACACAGAGCUGGGUCAGGACGAGAGAGCGGAUGUCCUACAGGACUCACAAAGUCCACAGAAUGUGCCGCGUCAGUCGGAACAGCGUCAGUCAGACCAUGGUCAGCUGGAGCCACGUCACGAGGCUGGUCAGAUACCCUGGCAGGGCUCGGCUCCCCUGGGCUGCGAGGCAGCUAUUGCACGUCUCCUAGAGGCUGCAGCGCGCAGCCCACCCCCACCUGUCCCCAGCAGACGACCUGACCUGACCCGACUCAACCUACCUCGGCGCAGCAGGGGGCGCGGCCGGAGGCCGGCGCCGCCCCCCUCCGAUCAUGACGGCAGCGCGCAGAGGUCAGCCCACCGGGUCACGGCCCUGUUUGACCUCGCCAGAGAGGGGACCGUCGGCAAACUGGACGUGGCACUGUCAGCUCUGGAUCCCUCCACGGCACGGGGCCUAGCCGACCGGCACGGGAAUACCGUGGCGCACGUGCUGGCCGCGUGCGGGCACGUGCAGGCUCUCACGUGGCUGGCAGACACGUGCUGCCACGGGCUUAGCGAUCUGCUGUGGAAGGAGAAUUCCCGUGGCCUAACACCGUGCCUGACAGCAGUUAGGUGUGGUAGGCUGGAGGUGGUCCAGUGGUUGGCAGACCGGUGUCCGUCCCGGUCCCGCCUUCUACCCGGUGAGGGAGACGAUUCUCUGCUGCACGCCGCCGCCCGGCACGGACAGGUGGAGAUCGCCAGCUGGUGUGCGGACCGGUUGCUGCAACACAGGGCCCACCUGGAAGGCGUAGACCGACGUCGUGACACUGCCCUCCACCUGGCGGCCGGAGCGGGAAACACACUGGUCUGCAGGGCACUGCUCGACAGGGGGGCCGCCGUCACCGCCCGGAACGCCUGCGGUCUGAAGCCGUACGACGUGGCGGCUCAGACGGGUCACCACGCAUGCGCCGAGUACCUGCUGACCUUUGAGACCCUGGCCGACCUGGCCGGUGACUUCUGCAGUCUCGAGGUCGAGGCAGCGCGACUCAGUCGAGACAACGCCGACUACAAGGACAACUUCCGGGAGGUGCUGUCUGUGGCCCGCCGGCUGCUGAGGGAGCGCGCUGAAAUGCACGCCGCGCUGCGCCAGCUGCGGGACGACUGGCAGCUGCUGCAGGAGCGGCUGCUGCGGCAGCUGCAGCUGGCGGCUGCCGAGCGACACCAGCUGCGCAGGCAGCUGCAGGAGGCCGACCCGGCAGCUGAGCCCGACGAGCCGCAGCUGGGGGAGACGGACCCCGCCCAGCUGGCCGAGCAGUUGUCAGCGUUGCUAGAUAGGUGGCAGCAGUGCAGCGUCCCGGUCGCCGAGACCGCGCUGUGCGAAAGCCAGAGUCGACUUCAAGUGGCGGAGACGGCCUGGCACCGGCUCAGGGCGUCCAGAAAGGAGCCCGCCCAGCCGCUGACGGAGGCUCAGGAGAUCGUCAGGAACAAGAUCGGUGACAUCCGCGCCCAGGCGGCCCCGGGACGACCUCUGGACAGCAGUGCCUUCUCCUGUUCGGACGAGGACUCUCUGAUCGAGGUGGAGCUGCUCCAGGGGACGCCGCCGACCCCGCCGCCCCGACCGCCCGGCUGCGCCCCUCCCCCGACCCCUCACCACCCCUACUCUACCGACCGAGUCCCAACUUACCCAGCGCCGGCCACAGUGUCUUCAGAGCGGACCUCGACUCCGGCCAAAGCCAGCCUGGACAGGAGCUUCGACAGCGGCGUCAGCGGCGGACCGAUCAACUCCAGCUUCCAGGCUCUGUCGGUAGAUGGCAGCAGACUCUCCCGGCGUGAUCUGGGUUCCCGGCGCCGCUCCCAGCGAUCCUCUGCUCACCUUGAGCGACGCGGAAAGAGCGCCGAUCCUAUCGAGCGCUCCACCCUCCCAGACUCUUUCCCUGCGGACGGUGAAGGGGCUCUUUGGCCACCCUUCGAACUGAGUCGCAGUCUGGACUGGUCCGAGGGGACCUCUCCGCGCCGACGUCCCGCUCCAUCGGGGAACGAGAGCGUAGCGCUGGCUCGAGCCGAGCUGCGGCGUCGGCUGCGACAGCUGGCUCUAGUAUCCGAGUCCGGCUCAGCAGCGGUGCUCGAUGUCAUUGAACCCUCAGGCAGCGAAGCAGGCAGUGCAGAGGAUCUGGUGAGGAGAGAGGUGGAGGCCCAGCGCAGGGCGAGAGCGCGCUCGGCGCCUCCCCCACGGAAGGGAGACUCGGCCGGGGAGGCGGGGGAGUCAGCUGAUCUCUCUGGGGAGGGAGAUCUGCACUGGCUGGAUGAUGAUUGUAUAACGGUCAAUGGCGAUGCUGUUCAUUGUGACAGUAAUGGAAAUGAUGACGGCUCGCAGCGGCAGACAAUGGAAACAGAACCAGCGCCACAGCCAGCCCAGUGGAGGGCGUCGCUCAGGACCGCGUCACCGGGCCGCUGUAGGGACACAGAUGGCUCUGAGCGCCGGGGUAGGACCGGGAGAGGCGACAGAACCAGACGCUCCGGUCGCGUGCGGCGCGAGACUGGCACCGAGAGCUCCUCCGGUCGGGAGAGAUCGACAGGGACCGGUGGAGACUCCCAGACCGUCCCUGAGCAUCCGACCCCUCCCAGUUCCGUACCGAUCCUCUCUGCACCGGAUAUACUCCAGGGCACGCGACACUGGCGCGAUCCGGGCGAGGACAGUGACGAGGCGUCUCCAGAGAAACCAGACCUACCGCUGUUCCAGUUGGGGAACACCACCCCCUCCGCCGCAGCUGCCGCUGGCGACGCAGCCACCGCAGGAAAGAAGCGAAGCUUCCUUCAGAAAUUCAGCAUCCGGGCUCGCUGGACACCGAAGAAGCGGGAUCGACCAGCUCGGCCAGGUCAGGAAAUCACUGCAGUGGACUUCAGGGAGACAUACUCGAGUGAGACCAGGGAUGACACGCUCUCAGUACAAGAGAGCGUCCAGGAGGAGACGGUUGACGACCCUCCUCCGCUACUCCUUCCCCGCUCUGCCGCUCCCUCUGAGAACGGCCGAGUCAGCCGAGAGUCGAGACAUAGUCAGGGUGAGGUCCGACCCGCGGCCGAGCCCUGCGACGCUGCCGGAGAGAGCCGGUUCCUGGACGGGGAUAGUACGGCAGAUCUGUUUACCGCUGUGUGUGUGAGUACCUAUGCCGAUAGUGCAUCCGAGUCGUCCCGCUCAGCGGUAUCCCGCCGCUCCCGGCAGAGCUCGUCUCCCGGCCGGCCGCUGCUGAGUGGUGGUCAGCCUCCGUACCGCCCACCCGGCCGUCAGAGUACGACAGGUCCUGAGACGGUUACUGGCAGUGAAACAGCAGGAGUCAGCGAUCAGGCCGCAGGGCUGCGAGGAGCCGCCAGUCGACCUGCCUCCAGCGCUUCUGUUGUGUUGGCGGGCCGCCACAGCCCGGCUGCGAGCGAGACCAGCCAUACAGAGUCGACCCAGGCGCCCGCCUCGGACGUAUCAGUCACAGAGUCUGCCAGACACCUGCCUCCGCCAGCUGGCGCAGGUGGCGCCACCAUGCGGCCGCUAGGUGGCGGUGGCGAUCAGUCACCAGGUGACGCGGCGGGCGGGAAAGUGGGAGCAGUAGGACAGCCGAUGGGCACUGGACAGAAGUCGCAGAGACCCGAGGGAGCUCCAGCACCAGCGCCUCUCGGCCACACAAAAUUGAUGCCUGAGAACGGAGUUCGCCCAAGACGGUCCGACCGACCCUGGUACGAAAUCAGUGACGAUGACUGAGUUCCGAUUCGGCUCUGUUGGACAUCAACGCUGCCGUUAGACAGAUGACUACCGAGAUGCUACCGACUGCCAAGAUGGCUGAGUUUCCAUGCGAGUAAAAAUGUGUCCCCGCAAUGUUUCACUCUCGAAAGGUGUUGUUAUAAAUGUGAUUUUCCGCAGACGCAUAACCUGACCGGUCGCUUACAGAAGGAUUCGUAGCGUGCUUGAUGCUGGUGACUCGUAAUUGUGAUGAGAUUAUGGGUGUCGGUGUGUACAAUUUUGUCGAGGUGCUAGAAGUCGUGGCAUGAUUAUGCGAAAAUGUGAAGGGAUGGCAGCGACUGCUAGGGAGACAGGCUUAGGAGGGAAAAUAGAGGGAAUGCGGGUAGAACCGUUUUUUCUCUUUUUUUUGCAUUUCGUUCUCGGUUCGUUUAUACUAGCCCGCUAUCACUCUGCCACAUAGCUCGUGUGGGUGCAUGAAUGGUGAUGUGAUCGUGCAAUGUUUAUGCCUCCCAAAAGUUCGUUAAAUGUGAAACUUUACGAGGAACAGUUGUGCUGUGUCACGCUUGGCCACAAAGAUACAAAGCCAGUAAAUAAACGCAGGAUUAUCUG